UCCAGUGUCUCACUCCUUUCCAUUGGUAUACGCUAUAAUAUUAGAAUUAUAAUUAGAAUAUGAACAAUUAUACUCAAUAGUUCAUUUGAGUAUAUGCAUUUAACUAUGCAUGCAUAGUUGCAACCUUGGAGUCCUUGGACCUGGGUCCUGGAUUCUUCGGCUACUUAAAACAUGGCAUGAAAUUUACGGCUGUGGCUAGAAUCCCAUCCCCAUCAAUAUACUCAAUAGUUAUUUUAAAAUAUCAUUCUUUUUACCAGAUCACUACAUAAAGUUAGAUAAAUCUAGUGUUUGAUGAUAAAAGCUAAAUCCUCUCUUACAGGAUCCAAUCCUAGCAUGUGAUUGUACCGAAGCGAGAUAAUUCCCAACCGUUGCCAUGACGACGACUAAAUGUGCGGAAGUGGUUGCCUUGGAGUACACCACCGUCAAAGUGCCAUACGAGGUACUAAACAAGAAGUUCCGUCAAGCUCAGAAGAUAAUAGACAGAGAAAUAUCCCAGCUGAGUAACCAAAUUACUAACAUCAUGAGAUUACCUUCACCAGAACUACAGAGACAAGCCAUGCCUGCUUUCAAGGAGAAACUUACUUCUUUCAGAAAAAGGUACGCAGAUUGUUUGUCGAAGGAAGGAGGAUACGCUGACAAGUGUUUACAGAGGCUGCACCACUUGUCAGACUACACUUCCAACUCGGACCCCAAAACAGAGGCUAUCUGGAGAAAACAACGUCUUGACAAGAUACUGGUGGACUACUUUCUGAGGAACAGCCAUUACGAGACGGCCUUACAAAUGGUCAAAUCAGGGGGAAUCGAGGAUAUUGUUGACACUGAAUUGUUUAUUUCCGGACGUGACAUAGAAAACUCUCUGGGGGCUCAUGAUGUGGGUCCUUGCCUGCAGUGGUGUCAUGAAAACAGAAGCAGACUAAAGAAAACAAGGAGCACGUUGGAGUUCAACCUGCACACCCAGUGCUUCAUAGAGCAGAUCCGCACAAAGGACUACAUGGGUGCUAUACAGUACGCGCAGCGCUUCCUUGUGGAGAGCGAGGGGAUGAGCAAAGAGAAGCUGCAGGAAACUAUGGUGCUGUUAGCAUUCAAACCAUCUACAGAGUGUGAGAAAUACAAGGCGCUGUUCAGUGAGGACAGAUGGCAGGAACUAGUGUUGGAAUUCAGAGCCAGUAAUUAUGAGUUACAUCAUUUACACACUGACAGUCUCAUGUCUACAGUCCUACAGUCCGGCCUUUCUGCUAUCAAGACUCAUCAGUGUUACAGUAGUGAGAAGUCAGGUGACUGCCCGGUCUGCAACGAACCACUAAACUCCCUUGCAACUCCUCUACCCUUCUCGCAUUGUACUCAGAGUAGACUCAUCUGCCGUAUAUCUGGACAGCCGAUGAACGAACACAACGCGCCAAUGAUGCUGCCAAACGGCAAUGUGUACGGAGAGAAAGCUCUGACCGAAAUGAUGGCCUCUGAGGGUAUUGUCACAUGUCCCAGAACCAACGAGAAGUUCUGGCUUGAUCAGGCUCAGAAAGUUUAUGUCAUGUAGUUCCAACUGAACUGGGGCUUUAAAAGUUUGUGAAUCAGGAAAAAGCUGUUCCAUUGUGAGCUGAACGUUCACUUCCCUAGGAAAAAAAAACAUGCGACUAGUAAAUGGGAAGUUGUUUACUGUAUAGCUGAUGUUUUGCUUGAUGCACAUGAAUUUUGCUUUAAUAAUUACUCAUUCAGUUUGGGAAAACUUUGAUGCAGAGCUGCUAUACUGUUUCUUUUUACGUUUUACUGGGUUUACUAGAUAUGAUCGAAAAACGAAAGAAUGUCAUUUUGGCGAGGCGUUUCGAAUUGAACUCAUAACUUUCAAUUCAUAACUUUGUUGUUGUAUGCUGUAUAUUAUAAGAUGGUUUUUCUGUAUUAUUUGUUGACAUUGUUUGA